GCAAAGGCACUCGGGGGCCACUUCACCUUUGUGAUGACUUGACUGUGUGAUAUCCGACUUGGAGAAGCAGUUUGGAUGCUCAGCGCGCUGCAUUGUGCUCUGCUGCUACGCUGACAGAGAGAACGAGCUGAAAGUGCAGUUUAAAAAAAAAGAAAGAAAGAAAAAAACACUUCAGGUUUCUCUGGUGAAGUCCCGCUUCUCUCUGCAGCGGGGUGGUGGUGUAUCCGACGCACCGACUUGUUGCCCCAGCUCAGCUGUGAGGGGCCCUCGGCUGUUGUGUUGCGUGUCCGACCUACAAGUCAGCGACAGGACUUAAAAGCCUGCUGUAAGGAUGAUGUCCUACAUAAAGCAACCCCAUUACACCAUGAACGGGUUAAAUUUGCCUGGCCCCGGAAUGGAUGUGCUUCAUACAACCGUCGCUUAUCCAUCCACACCCCGGAAGCAGCGUAGGGAACGCACAACCUUCACGCGGACACAGCUGGACAUCCUGGAGGCGCUGUUCUCCAAGACCCGCUACCCAGACAUCUUCAUGAGGGAGGAGGUGGCCCUCAAGAUCAACCUGCCUGAGUCACGUGUGCAGGUUUGGUUUAAAAACCGUCGCGCCAAGUGCCGUCAGCAACAGCAGCAGAGCAGUGGCCAGUCCAAGCCCCGCCCUCCCAAAAAGAAGGCCUCUCCAGUGCAGGAGCCCAGCGCCCCUGAUCCUGUUCCUAACCCAUCUAGCUCCUACAGCCCAUCCUCUGCCCAGUCAGGCCCCAGCCUGGCGCCAAGCUCCAGCGCUGGAAACACUGCCGUGUCCAUCUGGAGCCCAGCCAUCUCGCCCCUGCCCGACCCCCUGGCCUCCUCCUCGGCCCCUUGCAUGCAGCGGCCCUCACCUUACCCCAUGAGCUACGGCCAGCCAUCAGCUUACACCCAAGGCUACGCCAGCACCACCUCCUACUUCACCGGCUUGGACUGCAGUGCCUACCUGUCCCCCAUGCACUCGCAGCUGUCAGGCACCGGGGGCGCUCUCAGCCCGAUCACUGUGCCCUCAAUGGGGGGCUCCUUAAGUCAGUCUCCGGCCUCACUGUCCUCACAGGGCUACAGCACAGCCUCCUCCCUGGGCUUCACCUCUGUUGACUGCCUGGACUACAAGGACCAGCAGGCCUGGAAACUGGGCUUCACCACAAUGGACUGCCUGGACCACAAAGACCAAAACUCCUGGAAGUUCCAGGUGCUCUAGAAAGUGAGAAAUUGUGGCGUUGAUGUGUGUCAACAUGUCGUGUGUCAGUGAGUCCCAUGUGAGGUAGUGUGAGGCAGUUCUGCCGGAGGACUUGUCGUCUUUGAUUCUCAGUUUCAUGUUUGUAAGAUUUUGUUUUAUUUUCUAAAGGUGACCUCUGUAGCAACGCAUUUUAUUUGAAAGACUUUGGGGAUGUGAGGACUGUGAGUGACAGUGCUGCCUGACUGCACAUCAUGUCUGUUGUCCUCUUCAUGCUACGUUAUCUAAGAGAACAAACGCCUUUAAAGAGCUUGUAGGAGAAGACUGGAGUCCUACGUCUGGAAACACACUGAGCCAUCUCUCCUUCUGACAUCAGCCACAUGAACACAACACUUGUUCAUUUUGUUUUAAACCUGCAUUACCAUAUAGUGAAAGGAGAACUGCUUUAAUUUGAAGGGGCUUUCAAGUCCUGUAGGUCACUCCUUCUUUCAGGGUUGAUUUAUUGUAAGCUAUUUAUUAUUAUUUUAUUCUACACUUAAAUAUGUAAUUUGGUUGCGUUUAGAUCUUUUUGAGCGUUUGUGUUGCGUAUUACAGUGUUAGCCCUUAGUGUUAUCAUUCUGAUCUGUUCAUGGAAAAAAUUAGAUCUUCUGUUUUAGUUGUGUGAUUUAUUAAAGUGAUUUAUUCUUUA